CAACUAAACAAAAGGAAGGCACUUCUGCACCAACCUUUUCUUAUCUUCAAAAUUGGACAAUGAGGGCGGCUGGAAUCAUGCGCGGCGGCCUAGGAAGUUAUCCGCGGCAGUGGCUCUCACAAUCUGGCCGGCGGCGCGGCUUCGCGGCGGCUCCUCAACCCGGCGGCGGCAGAUCUCCUCUGCGCGCGGCUAGCGGCGGCGGCUGGACGGACCAGAGCUGCACCUCUUCGCGCGGCUAGUGGCGGCGGCUGGACGGACCAGCGGCUGCUCCUCUGCGCGCGGCUGACGGCGGUCCUGGGCUGCGCGACUGAUGGCGGCAGCGGCGAGUCUCCUACUGCCGCUGCUCCUGCCCGAUCUGAUCGUCGUCCCUCUAACGAACACUUCUCAACCUGGCGGCAACGAUUCUGGGCUGCCCGAUUGAAGGCGGCAGCGGCGAGUCUCUCGUGACUCGCUCCCUGCUGCGGCUCUCCAGAUUCAAGUGCGGCAGCUCUCCGUGGAUCGACGGGGAUGGUGGUGCUCCGGCGGCAGCGGCCCAACCACAGGCUCCUGCUACUGCACAGGGUGACACUCCUCUCUGAUUAGUUUCUGCUGAUCGGAUUUCCGGUGUUGACGAACCAAAGCUCUUAUAACAACACACAAUCACGAAUCAACUGCAACAAAAGAAAACGACACAAAAUUAAAGGUGAUCCGGUAGCCAACUGCAACCUACUCCACACGGGGCAACUAGGAGGAUUUUAUUUCAUUGUUGUUGCACCAUCAUUAGCACAUUAACAUCUCUUAAAUAGAGAUUAUUUAAGAGAGCACAAUGAUUAGGGAAGUUUGAAGCUUCCAUGUAGUUUCCUGCCAAUUUCUUGUUGGCUUCCACCAAGGUUCAUGGCUUCACACUCAACAGAAGCAACAGAAAAUCUUCCUUGAGGGUGGCUAUUGUUGCAACUACAGUCCCACUUGGUGGGAUUAUACUUGCAAUUGCAAUCUUAUGUCUUUUGAGAUUGAAACUACUCGCCAAAAGGGAAUAUGAGAUGCAGCCUUUAAGUGCAGCAGACCCGAUUGGCAUUUCUAGCAUGUCCUCCCGGUAUGAUUUUGAUACAAUUAAAGUCAUAACCAAUGAUUUUGCUUGUGAAAUUGGGAGCGGUGGAUUUGGUUGUGUAUAUAAGGGCAAGCUUCCUACGGGGGAGGAAGUGGACGUGAAAAGGCUCUCUGAAACCUCCCAACAAGGGGUUGAAGAGUUCAUAAAUGAAGUUGAAAGCUGAAGAAGUCAUCGCAUGGAUACACGUUGGGUAUAUAUAAAAAUUAAGCACACACGCAAAAAGAAUUCCACACAUACCAAAUUAAAUUCAAUGUAUGUUUGGAUACAUAUCAUAUCAGAACACACACUUACAAAAUAUAGAACAAAAAUGUUAUGUGGUAAAGCUUCCACGUGGUGUUAAAAAUGCCAAGGACGUAAGUUCAGUCGUCGCCGAUGGAAGCUCAUGAAUAAUAAUAUCUCUCUCAUUGGGGCGUUGACCUUGAUAUAAUGCUGGUUGACAUGGUACUGCCCAAGUACGACUUGAAUAGUUGGUGACCAUGAACAAAUUUCUUGCAUUGUUGGUCUCUUGUCCGUAUCGUGUUGCACACUCAGUAACACAACGUGUAUCCAUGAGAUGACUUCUUCAGCUUUAUAAGAUUGGCCUAGAGCUUGAUCUACAAUCUCUAAGCUGAAGAAGUCAUCUCAUGUAUACAAAUUUAUAAGAUAGCUAGUUUUGAGUUAUUUUGGAGAUAGUUCUAGCUAGAAGAACAUGGAAUAAUAGAGCAUCCAAAUUAAAAUCAUCAUAGAUUUUAUGGGCCCUUAGAGAUUGUAGAUCAAGCUCUAGGCCAAUCUUAUAAAGCUGAAGAAGUCAUCUCAUGGAUACACGUUUGGUUAUUGAGUGUGCAACACGAUGCGGACAAGAGACCAACAAUGCAAGAAAUUCUGUUCAUGGUCACCAACUAUUCAAGUCGUACUUGGAUAGUACCGUGUCAACCAGCAUUAUAUCAAGGUCAACGCCCCAAUGAGAGAGAUAUUAUUAUUCAUGAGCUUCCAUCGACGACGACUGAGCUUACGUCCUUGGCAUUUUUAACACCACGUGGAAGCUUUACCACAUAACAUUUUCGUUCUAUAUUUUGUAAGUGUGUAUACUGAUAUGAUAUGUAUCCAAACAUACAUUGAAUUUAAUUUGGUAUAUGUGGAAUUCUUUUUGCAUGUGUUUAAUAUAUAUAUAUAUAUAUAUAUAUAUAUAUAUAUAUAUAUAUAUAUAUAUAUAUUAGAACAAAUAAAGAACAUAGGCCAAAGUAAGACCUCGAAUUGAGAGGAGAGUUUUUGCCCUUAAGGCAUGGGUACUUUUAGGUUUACGAUAAAAAUAAAUUUGAGGUACUUUUAGGUUUUUGCCCUAAAGUUUUCCAAAAAUUUGGAUUUAAUUAAUACAUUUAUAGGUUCUUU